AUGGCGACGACGGUGGACUGGCGCAGCUAUAGGCCCGAUCUUCCGGCGGCGAUGUACCACAUGGUGGACGGCAGAGACCAGGUAAUGCACGCGUUCGCUCCGCCGACGGCGCAGGGCGCGGCGCCGACCAUCUCCUUCUCCUUCCCCUGCCCCGGCGCGGAGCAGAGCGCCGGCCUGCUUCGUGGCGCCAGCUACCUCACUCCCGCGCAAAUCCUCCAGCUCCAGUCGCAGCUCCACCACGUGCGCCGGGCGCCGGGCGCGGCCAUGGCAGUGGCGGGGCAGCCCAUGAAGCGGCACGGCGUUGCGGCGCUCCCGGCGCAGCCGGCGGCCAAGCUGUACCGCGGCGUGCGGCAGCGGCAUUGGGGGAAGUGGGUCGCCGAGAUCCGCCUGCCCCGCAACCGCACCCGCCUCUGGCUCGGCACCUUCGACACCGCCGACGAGGCCGCGCUGGCCUACGACGCCGCCGCCUUCCGGCUCCGCGGCGAGUCCGCCAGGCUCAACUUCCCCGAGCUCAGGCGCGGCGGCGAGCACCACGGCCCGCCGCUCGACGCCGCGAUCGACGCCAAGCUCCGCUCCAUCUGCCACGGGGAGGACCUGCCGCAGAGCCAGAGCAAUGCGACGCCGGCGCCGACGCCGACCCUGACGCCGAGCUCUUUCCCGGACGUCAAGAGCGAGCCAGGCUGCUCCGUCUCCGAGAGCUCGUCGUCGGCCGACGGCGAGGUGUCCUCGUGCUCCGACGUCGUCCCGGAGAUGCAGCUUCUUGAUUUCUCGGAGGCUCCAUGGGACGAGUCCCUGCUGCGCAAGUACCCGUCGCUCGAGAUCGACUGGGACGCGAUCCUUUCUUGA